CACCGCGACAAAAUAUCUCGCUUUCCCAUGGACGACAUCGACCUCGACGCCCUCCUCGCCUCCUUCUCCGGGGAGCCCGCCGGCGUCUCCGACCUCAUCGUACCAUCCCCGCCUCCGCCGGCGCUGGCGCCGGCGCGCGAUGCGGAGGCGGGGUCGCCGCAGUCGGUGACCUCCCGGGCGAGGCCGCCCGGGGAGGAGGCGCUUACGGAGAUCGAGAAGUUCCUGAUGCAGGAGGGGGAGGCGGAGCUGAGCGGGGAGGCCGAGGGGAUCAGCGUGGAGGAGUUCUUCGACGCGCUGUACGACGGCGGGGAGAGGGGCGAGGGGAAGGAGAGCGAGGCGGGUGGAAGCACGGAUGAGGAUUCCGGAAGGGAUGAGACGCCGGAGGCCGAGACGGUGGAGGUGGACGGCGAUGAUCCCGUCAACAAGAAGAAGAGGAGGCAAAUGAGGAACAGAGAUUCCGCCAUGAAGUCGAGGGAGAGGAAGAAGACGUACAUAAAGGACUUGGAGACGAAGAGCAAGUAUUUGGAGGCAGAGUGCCGCCGCCUCAGCUAUGCACUUCAGUGCUAUGCAGCUGAGAACAUGGUACUGCGCCAGAGCUUGUUGAAGGAUAGGCCUAUUGGUGCUCCCAUAGCCAUGCAGGAGUCUGCCGUACUCACGGAAACCCUGCCGUUGGUUUCCCUGCUUUGGCUAGUGAGCAUCGUGUGCCUGUUCCUGAUGCCCGGUCUGCCCAACCGAAGUCCAGCUGCUCCAAGCAGCGCCGGAAGAGGUCUCGGGAUGGUAGCCGGAAAGACAAGCAGUGAAAACCCAGAGAUAUUGGAACUCAUCCUCCAUGGAAGGCGCUGCAAGAGCACAAGGGCAAAAAUCAAACUAGAUACAUUACCAUUUCAUGCAGAAGCUGUUUGCUAGCCUUUCCGUAGGCUUCUUGCAAGCAUGCAGACAUGCGGUGUGUAGUGUACUUGUCAAGCUUAGCAUGCCUGCUAUAUAUGUGUCAUGCAGCAGCCAGUUGAUAUCCACGGAAUGCCUUUUCUUUUCUAUUUGGCUUUUUUUUUGUUCUUCUUGGUUUCAAUAGCACCUAUCUUAUCCAAAUUCCAGAGUACUUAAAAUAUGGGCUUUUGUGUUUGUACAUUGGCA